AUGCUACUCUACAGCGAUGCUAACCAGAAAUGGCUACAUGAACAUGAAAAUGAUGAACGGUCAAAGCAAAACACUUCAUCCACCGAGAUCAGCUGUGAGAGUAAGAAGGAGCGCAGGUGGAAAACAAUAUCAGCCAGAAGUUCUUGUGUUUAUCUCGAUAGUCUCCUUCAGUGUUUUUUCAUCGUACUGCUGAAAAUCAUGUCCAAGAAGCAAAGCACGUGGCCUGAGACCCUGGUAAACUCUAAGACAAACAAACCUACACAGAAGACAGGAGGAAAGGACUUAACAGCAUUGACUGUACCUGUAUCUAGUGGAGGUAAACAUGCUGGCAGAAGUAAAUCUAGAACCAUUGUUGCUUUUGGAAGGAGCCACAGCCUCAGCAGCAGAGGUAGUGACUCGACUGAUAGUAAGGCUGGUGGCUCUUUGAAAAGAGACAGCAUCAGCCACCAAGGCUGCGUUGGCCACCAGGGUACUAGACAAGGGUCUCGCCCAGCUGGACCAGCUCUCCGCCUCUGCACCAGCCGGAGCUUUUCUUCCCUCCACACCUCCUCUCUCACUGCUGCUCCGUUCAUGAGAAGCAGCCGCUCUCUGAACAGACUUGACCAGAAUUCCACUGGAGACGAUCCAGGUGCAGUUCCAAGUUCACAAGAAAAAAAAGGACAAACUACAAAAAAGAAAGCUCUGAAUUCUGUCCAGCUGUCCUCGUCUAAGGAGCAGAUCAGGAAUAACAAAGACCAGUGUCAUGUUGAUAAUACUGAGAAAAUGAAAACCAGCAGCUCCUCUGAGCCAGAGUCUUCUUCCUCUUUGGUUUCUACCGCUGAAUGUCAUCGUGACUGCAACAAAGUAAAGAAACAGACAAGAGACGGAGUAUACACACUCUGUGCUAUGACCUCUGGGAUGAGGCGUAACUGGGUCCAAGCAGUGUUAAAGAAUGUGAGGCCCAGUCCUACACCUGACGUCACAAGCUUCCUCCCAGAGCAGACGACUCAACAGAAAUCACAGCAACCGGACUCACAAUCAGCUGAGGUUCUGGAGAAAGCUGAACACCAAGACAGCUUUUCUCAAGAGCACAGAACCAGUGAGGGUGCAGAGGAAACACAUCGACGGCAGGAAGAACAAGAACUCAAACUGCAGUCAGAGAGAGAGCAGAGUUCUGCUCUUUCUCCCAUCAAUCCUCCCCAGCAGGUGGAAGAGGACAAAGAAGGUGCUUUCUGUCAUCGAUGUGAGACAGAUGUGACUCCAUGCAUUGAAGGAGCUGGAGGUGAUCGCUCUGCUUCCACAACAAUCCGCUCAAAUGAUGAGUGUUUUGAUGGAAACAUGCAGAGUGAAACUGAGCAGCAAGUUAAAACCACAGCCCAGAGUGAGGAGCAACAAGUAUCAAUAAACCUCAGCUGUGAGUGCACAAAAGUGAAGAAAAAUCUGCCCUGUGAGCAGCAAACUGGCCAACUUCUCAAAGAGCUGGAACAAACACAGAAGGAAUUGUCUCGUCUCCAGCAGUUAAACAGGACUCUGCAGGAUGAGCUACAGCAAGAGAGAGAGAUUCAUCAAAGGAACAAUCUUUUAAACCCCAGCUCGUCUUCGGAACGAGCAUUGGCUUUACAGCGGCUGCAGAAGAUGAACCAUGAGCUUCGCCUUGAGCUGGAGGCUCAAAAGAGGAUUCAGGAGGAAGCCAGAGAGGCUGAACUACGGCGACGAGUCGAUCUCUUAGCUCAACAAGCACAGUUACUGGUCACAGGUGAUGCCACAGCACUUGCACAAGCCCAUCUAGAGCAAGACCGCCUGCGGUUUCAUGAGCUGCAAGUGGAGUGGGAGCGUUGUGUGGCCUCCCUGAAGUCCCAGCUGAGCGUCAGUGAGGAGAAGAGGCAGGAGGCUGAGUCACGCUCAACACAGCUGCAGCAGGAGUUGCAGAAUUUCCACAGUCUCCAGCAGGAGGCUGAUCGCUUGCAGAAAAAUCUCCAAGAGGUGUCAACUCAACUUCGUGCUAAUGAGGAGGCACAGGCUCAAAAGGAGGAUCGCCUACAGAAGCACCUCAUGCUCCUUCAAGCAAGUCAGGAGAGAGAACGGAAGAGUUUGGCUGCUAGCCUGGCACAGGCAGAGCAACACUCACAAGACCUCCAGGAGAGACUGGAGAGGGCUGAAGAGCAGGUGGGGUGCCUGAAUAAGACUCAGACCUGGACCACAGAAAUUGAGAAGGCUCAACAACAGCUUCAGGAGGAGCUAGCAUGUACAGUAUCUGCUGUGCAGAGACUUCAAGAGGAAAGAGAGCAGCUCAACUGUCGCUGUCAAGAGCUGCAGAACCAGUUAUCUGAGGCAGAUGGGGAGGUGAGCAGGCUGCAGAGUCGCUUGAAAACAGAUGAGACACACUACUACAAUCUUGAGCACUCCUAUGAGAGAGUCUGUGAGGAACUGCAGCUGGUCCUAGGGAAGGUGCAGGAAAAGGAGACUGAAACACAGGACAUGCGAGAAGGCUACGAGAGACUCCUGGACAGGAAGGAGCAAGAGCUGAGUGAGGUUUUGCUGAAGAUGGAAGUCUUAGGUAAUAGCCUGGAGGAGACAGAAGUGAAGCUGAAUGAAGUGUUGAAAACUUGCACCUGUGCUUCGGCUCAGCUGAAGGAUGAAUCCUCAGAGCCUGCUCAGGAAAAUGAGAGACAACAACAGACCACUGAUCCUCUCACUGAAAAUGACAGCAGGCUAAAGGCAACAGACAGCUCAAAUGCUUAUGAAACUGCAAGAAGCCAUUCUCACUCAAUGGACUCAUCAUGUCAGAGCAUUGCCACUUCAGGAGAUGACCCAGAAAAGUUUAUGUGUGUGAUCCAGGCACUCGAAACCAAGCUGUAUGUAACAGAGGAAAAGUUAAGGGACAUCAUGCAAAGACUGGAGGAACACCAGAGCCACAUCAGCUGCCAGGACCCCCACCUUUGCUCUCAGCUCACUCGGAGCCGAGCCACUGCUCAGCAUCUCAGUCUGCUGCUUCACAGUCAGGCCAAGCAGAGCCAGCGCUUCGCCCAGGUGACAGAAAGUCGCUGCAGGAUGUUGGUUGGUAGGUUUCAGGUUUCUCUUAACAUUAUUCAAGCCUGCAGAGAGAGGCUUCAAUCCACCCCGAUUAAUAUUACAGACCUUGAGAGGCAACUAGCCACCGUUGUAACCUGCCUCCAGCAAGGAGAGAAAGAUGCAGAGAGACAACAGCAUGAAUCACAUAACGCCUGCAAAGGAGAUGACAGGAUCCUCAAUGAUGAGAUAUUAGCUGGAGCUGAGAGCCAUAUUAGUGCUAAAAGUAAACCCACUAAUACAUUACCCUCAGAGGAUGACAUGGGAAGUGUUGGGAGGUGUUUAAUGAGGGAACUAUUUGUAGUUGAAAAAAUGGUGUCAGUCCUUCAGAGUCAGCAUGGUAUUAGACAACUAGUACCAAGAGGGGAUGAGGGGGAUGAGGCACAUAGGUACAAAAGCAUAAUCUCCCAAAGAAUAGCCUUAAAAAGGACUCAGUCUGGAAGAGCAGAAUGUGACAACAAUGAAAGGGCCAUCAGUAGAGUCUGUGCUGAAGCAGAGCUCAUUUAUGCUGCCUUGAAAUUUCAGCAGCAAUAUGAAAGCGUGACUCAAGUAAAUAAUGAAGAAGUGGAGGCUCAAAGGAAAGAUCUGGCAGAUAUCAAUCCCCCCGAGUUGGCUCCUUACGAGGAGGGAGUGCCGGUAGACGGCAGAAGUUCAGAAGGAGCUGCAAAACCAGCUGAAAAGGAUGAAUCUGAUGCCAAAAAGGUAGAAGCAGAGAAAGAACCAGAGUGGUUAGAGAGACUUAUAUCCCGGCUUCAAAGAAGGGCAAAAUGCUUACGCAAACUCUGCCAGGAGAUUUCUGAUGCCGAUGGAGUAGAGAGUAGUGUGGACAGCAACUGGGAAAAUGCUUCUGCAGCUGACUUAAACUGGAUGCAGGAGCAGGCAAAGUUAAUUUAUUUGUCAGACAGGCUGCACUUGGAUGUAGAGCAGGAGUUGAAACAAAGUGAGGUGUUACGGGAAAAACUGCAGGCUUUGUGUAAAGAGCAGGAUAUCACAUUGAAGGAUGAGCAGGAGGCUUUUAAUCACACCUUGUGUCAACUACGGGAGGACAAUAAUAUAUUAAGAGAAGAACUAGAGCGUGCUGAGCAAAAGAUAACAUCUGUAGAGACUGGGAACCAGACACUCAUGGAAGACAUACGGAAAAUUGAGGAUUAUCAUGAGGAACGGAUGAAAAAACUGGAAGCAAAGUUUCAACAGAAGAUAAAGGAACUGCAGCAUAUCCACGAAGAAGAGAUGAAACACUUGCAUGGUUACUACAUCAAGUCUUGUGUUUCAAAAGAGAAACAGACCUGCACAGAGGCACCUACUUUCACUGAAAAUACCUCCUCCCUACCUGACCAGAAUGAGCUCGGGAACCGAAUGGAGGGAGGUGAUGCCGGGAGAGAAAGACUUGAGGCAUCCUGUGAUGAAGGUUUCUCUGCCAUGGAGGAAAUGCACAGGCAGCUGAUCGGUGAUCUACAGCAGCAGCAUCGGACAGAGGUGGCAGCACUUCUGAAGGAGAAAGAUCAGCUGCUGCAGGAAGAGACGGCUGCCACUAUGGCAGCCAUUGUAGCAAUGAGGAGAGCCCAUAAACAGGAGCUGGAGAAAAGCCGCCAGUCUCAGCACAUCAAGGAGAGUGCUGACAUCACACAGCUGCACAAUGAACAUGAGACGGAGAUCCAAUUAAUGCACAAGGAGCUCGAGGUGUUGUCGGUUCAACACACACAGAAAUGCCUGGAAAACUCUCAGUUGAACCAGAAGCUGCAAGAUGAGAGACAAGCCUUGAUGCAGUACCAAAAAGAAAACCAGGAGCUCAAAAAGAAGCAGAGAGCCACAGAUGAAAUGUCUCAGCUACAUUUCUCACUAAACGGGAAGCAGUCAAAUGUUGCCCCUCAAGUUAAUGACUUCUAUGAGAUGGAGGUGGUUCUACGGGCGAGGGAGGCCGAAAUGCAUUUUCUCAGACAGGAAGCUCGUUCUCUCAGGGAUGAGUUGAAGAUUGCUCGAAUGGACAAGAUAUAUGUCCAGAACAAGCUCAAGGCCCUCUAUACGAACAGCCAGGAUGAACCCCGUCAGGAUGUCAACAAACUCUGUGAAGAUUUCAAUUUCGCUACUUGGUCUCCAGGCAGAGACGCUUCAAGACAGAACCUCGAAGACACAGUGACAAACACAAGUAAAGCUUCUAUUCUGAAAAAAACAUCAUCCCUCACACGUCAGAUCAGAGGAGUGAGAUCAAAGAGUUUAAAAGAAGGCCUCUCUGUCCAAGAAAGAAUGAAGCUGUUUGAGUCUGUCUGAUCCAAACAUCUACUUUACAGAGUAAAACUGCUGUAUGGUCGGCGCAGUUUAAAGACAGAAGAUGUAUUUCCAUCUAUUAUGUGUAACUUGGCGUUACACAAUGUGUGUUAUAUUAUGUGGAACUCUUUUUACUGUGUAAAAGGUCUAUUUGUUGUUCUUUGUUGCUGAUGUGCUUUUGAAACGUGUGUAAGAAAGAGAGAUAGAUGCAUCAUACAACCACUAGAGGGAGCAACAAACACUGUUUUUUCUAGAUAAACAUUUCUAAAAGUUUACUAUUAAAUAUUACAGAGUAAUCUCAAAGGAAUGAUCUUUAUAUUUUGAUGCUCAGCACAUUGCACAGUGCAACUUAUAGACACACUGUCUGUGUUUUUACUGAAAGAGAACUCAGUGUGUUGCAUCAGUUAUGUAAAAAGUGUUAUUAACAUAUUGUACCACUAGAUGUAGCAUAAUACAACAUUACUCUCCCAGCAGAGGGAUGGAUGACGUCGGUGUAACUAUAUCUGUUUUUAAACCUUAAAACCUGCUCUGCAGCUGCUGCAAACACAAGCAGACAGCAACAGUGUUUCAUGACCAAAAACAUUUGAGCUGCAAAAUAAAAUAAUGACAGUUAUUUUCUAAAGGUUACUAUUUUCUAUUAAUAAAUAGAAAUUUUAGUCCU